GGAAGGCUUGGAGUCCUGGCUGUGAACUUGUUAUCUGCCCAGGUGUUUUCCAGUUUGGAAUCUUUCCUCCAGGCAGAUGUCAGGCACCUCAGAGGGAGAACUAUACCACUUCCUCUUUCCCACUUCCCUCUCAUCUCAGAACCUGACUGGUUGCUUCCUCGCCUCGGAGAACCCCAGCGGAAGUUUGGAAAAAACCUCUCUACCUUCUGGAGUAUGGUUUUCGGGAGCCAACUGACUUCUGGAACUGUCUUUGGAGAACAGGUUUAUGAAGGCCUGGACAUCAUCACGAACAAGGUUACUGCCCAAGAGCAGAGAAUGUGCCAGCACCACAUGAUCAGCUUUGUGGAUCCUCUCGUGACAAAUUACACAGUUGUGGACUUCAGGAACAAAGCAACAGCUCUAAUUGAAGAUAUAUUUGCCCGAGACAAAAUUCCUAUUGUCGUGGGAGGAACCAAUUACUACAUUGAGUCUCUGCUCUGGAAAGUUCUUGUCAAUACUAAGCCCCAGGAGAUGGGCACUGAGAAAGUGAUUGACCGGAAGGUAGAGCUUGAAAAGGAGGAUGGCCAUGCACUCCACAAACGCCUAAGCCAAGUGGACCCAGAAAUGGCUGCCAAGCUGCACCCGCAUGACAAGCGCAAAGUAGCCAGGAGCUUGCAGGUGUUUGAAGAAACAGGAAUCUCUCAUAGUGAAUUUCUUCAUCGUCAACAUGCGGAGGAAGGUGGUGGUCCUCUCGGAGGCCCUCUGAAGUUCCCUAAUCUUUGCAUCCUCUGGCUUCAUGCUGACCAGACAGUUCUAGAUGAGCGCUUGGAUAAGAGGGUGGAUGACAUGCUAGCUGCUGGGCUCUUGGAUGAACUAAGAGAUUUUCACCGACGCUAUAAUCAGAAGAAAGUUGCAGAAAACAGCCAGGACUAUCAACAUGGUAUCUUCCAAUCCAUUGGCUUCAAGGAAUUUCACGAGUACCUGGUCACUGAGGGAAAAUGCACACCAGAGACUAGUAACCAGCUCCUAAAGAAAGGUAUCGAGUCUUUGAAACAAGUGACUAAGAGAUAUGCCCGGAAGCAAAACCGAUGGGUUAAAAAUCGGUUUUUGAGCAGACCUGGUCCCAGAGUCCCCCCAGUAUAUGGCUUAGAAGUGUCUGAUGUCUCGAAGUGGGAAGAGUGUGUUCUUGAACCUGCUCUUGAAAUCGUGCAAAGUUUCAUCCAGGGCCACCAGCCUGCAGCUGCUCCAGUAAAGAUGCCAUGCAAUGAAACAGAGAACAGGAGAAGUCAUCACAUGUGUGACCUCUGUGAUCGAAUCAUCAUUGGGGACCGUGAAUGGGCAGCACACAUAAAAUCCAAAUCCCACUUGCACCGACUAAAGAAGAGAAGAAGAUUGGACUCGGAUGCUGUCACUACCAUAGAAAGUCCGAGUAUUUCUUCAGACCAUGAGAAAGAGCUUAAAGAGAAAGGAUCCCUAGGGCAGAAUGAGAAAGAGCUGGAAUCUAGUGUUUAAAGAGACAUGUCCAGUAGCCUUUGCACAGAUACUUUUAUAGAUGACUGAAGUAUUAUGGGCCACAAAUCGGGAGUUCUGGAUUUGGGUGAAUGGCAGGAAAGGACCAGCCCCAGCGAGAAGAUUAAGUGAACUCAACCACCAGUUCUUGGAAUUCCACUGAGAAGGAGAGAAGAACGUGGUCAUGACAUGGCACUUGAAAACUAAAGACUUUGACAUUUUGUUGAGUUCUUCCUGUGUGAUAAUUACUCUCACUGCUGUCUUUACAUUAAGUUAGGAGCCUAUAUUUUUAUUGAAAGUUAAAUUAAAAAAAAAGAAAGUUUCCAA